UUCUUGGUCUUGAAAAUGGCAUCCACUCUCAGAGAUUAUCUGACUGAGUGGCGGAUUCGCCAAAACCGCCUGAUGACCAAAGAAGGCCAUUGCAACAUUGAGUAUGCCAAUGUAAGGUACAAAAACUGGUUCAAUUAUAUGCUAGACAUUUGGACCACUUUAGUGGAGAUCCACUGGACGUUUCUUAUGUUCUUUUUUGUGGCUUCAUUUAUUCUUAGCUGGUUUGGAUUUGCACUUUUGUGGUACUGGGUUGGUGGUACCAAUGGUGACUUGUGGUGGCAAAACCCAUCAGCUAACCACAGUGCAUGUGUGAUUGAUGUCUAUGACCUUACCACAGCCUUUCUGUACUCACUGGAGACACAGACAUUUAUUGCUUAUGGCUCGCGAGCCAUUACCACAUUUUGCCCAGGUGCCAUUGCUGUCUAUGUUUUCCAGGUUAUCUUGGGUACUAUCAUUACCUGCUUUUGGGGUGGGGUGGUAAUGGCCAAACUCUCACUGCCCAAGAGAAGAGCCAAAGCAAUCAUGUUUAGUAAGAUGGCUGUCAUCUGCUCUAGACAAGAUACUCUGUGUCUAAAAAUACGAGUGGCCAACCUGCGCAAAUCAUUGAUGAUUGGAACCAAAAUAUAUGGCAAGCUUAUUAAGACAACAACCACACCUGAAGGAGAAACCAUCAUCAUGGAUCAGGUCAACAUUGAUUUCAGUGUAGAAACUGGGAAAGACAACCUCUUCUUCAUCUCUCCAUUGACUCUCUACCAUGUGAUAGACCAAACCAGUCCAUUCUUUGAAAUGGCGGUGGACACUCUUCAGAAUCAGGACUUUGAGCUUGUGGUGUUUAUGGACAGUGUUGCUGAAUCCACCAGUUUCUCUUGCCAAGUGAGGACUUCCUACAUCCCUAAGGAGAUCAUGUGGGGUUACCAGUUCCUCCCUAUUAUCUCCCGCAGCAAAGCAGGAAAGUAUCGUGUAGACUUCUCCAACUUUGCUAAAGUAAUACCCAUGGAAACACCACACUGUUCUCACUGCUUUCACAAUGAGAAAGCACAUCAUCACCACUCCAGAGAUGGCACCGAUAAUGAGAGCUUUGACUGUGAUUUAAGACAAACACAAAACCAAGAUUAACCCUGAAAACAUUUAUAUUUUUGAUAAAACUUUCACAUGGUAAUGGAGAUUUCUGGGGAUAGUGAAGGGGUUCCAUUUCUUAUACAUUUUUAACAAGAUUCCUUAAAUGUUAUCAUUUUUUAUCAGUCUUUAUCAGGAGUUACCAAGAAUGACCAGAAUGACAAUGCACUUUUUGUGUUGAAACAUAGAUUUGUUGCCUUUGUUUUAGUAAGAUAGACUGCAUAUAUGUGUAUUCUAUAUGUGUAUUCUACAUAAAAUGUUGUAUAAGAUAAAUUAUGUAUUGUGUGUGGCACUAUUGUUAAAUAUCAGCAAUUUUUUAGAGCAUUCAGAAAAAGUAAACAAAAUAUGAAAAUUCAAUAAACCUUUUCCAUUAGUUUGUUUGACAGUUUUGUUUUGUUUUUAGCCAUUCACACCAGGUAAUCUAAUCUGUCAAA